CUCCUCCGCUCCUCCUGCCCUAGGGGUCAGGUAGCGACGGUCCCCGACGGCGCCCACACCACCCCUCGCGGGUGCUCUGGGAGCGCCCAGGGCCAGCCACCCCGCCGCAGAUGGUACGCGAAGGCCUAGAGCGGGAUUCCCCGGGGCGCCGCCAUCGCCCCUCCGGGCUACACCCUGCUUAGGAACAAAGGCGGGAGGUGGGACCAGCGGGCGGCCGGACUCCGCGGGGCGGGGCGGGGCGGGCGACGCUGCUCGCUUAAAGCCGGGCUUCGGGCGCGGCGCGCACUCGUCUGACACCAGCUCCGGCGGCCCAGCGACCUUCCUCCGGGCUGCGGACGCCCGCCGCGCGGGACCGCAGGUGCCGCCGCUUUCCCACCAAGCAUGGGGCUGCCUCGCCGGGCCGGGGACGCUGCGGAGCUGCGCAAGACCCUCAAGCCGCUUCUGGAGAAGCGCCGACGUGCGCGCAUCAACCAGAGCCUCAGCCAGCUCAAGGGGCUCAUCCUGCCGCUGCUGGGCAGGGAGAAUUCCCGCUACUCUAAGUUGGAGAAGGCCGACAUCCUGGAAAUGACUGUGCGCUUCCUGCAGGAGCUCCCUGCGUUUUCCUGCCCCGCGGCAGCGCCGGCGCCCUCCGACAGCUACCGCGACGGCUACGGCGCCUGCGUGGCGAGCCUGGCCUGCGUGCUGCCCGCCUGCGGCGUCCUGGAGCCCGCUGUGAGUGUGCGCCUGCUGGAGCACCUGCGACGGAGAGCGGCGGGCGCCACCCCCGACUGCGGGCGCGCAGGGGACUCUGGGGACCCGCCCUCGCCCGUCCGGCCGCCCACACCCCCACCCGCGCCCUCACCGCCCGCGCCUCUCUGCGGCCCGGGCCUCUGGCGGCCGUGGUAGCCCCCUGGCCGGUCCACCGACCCUGCUGACUGCGAGGGACCUGGAGCGCUGGGCAGACUGACGCUCUUGGUGGUGGGGUGGUCCCACCACGAGGGACCAGCCCAGGACCCACAGCCUGGCCGGAUCCCGGAUGUUUGUGACCAGGGUGGCACACUGACUGCUUCAGGGCUCAGCUCCAGGAAAUAAGGGAAGUGGCCCUGCCUCACCCUCAACUUGGGGAUGUCUGGCCAGAGGAGAAGGGGUGAGUACAGGAUGAGAAGCAGCCCCUCCACGCUGGUGGAGAUGGUUAUGGAACUGGGCCAACCAUAGCUGCCUGGGCACUGACACACCUGCCCCAGCGCUGGCACCAGACCAAGGCUUGAACCAGAAGCUCACCUGGGCCAGGUGCAGCCAUCUGCUCCAACUGGCCACUGCCUUCCCAGCCCUGCUUGGGCCUAACUCCUGUCCAGCUUGGCGUGAACCUUUGGGCACACAGCAGCAACGGCCAGAGGGGCUUUGUUCACUCCCAAGGCUCUGCAGAGCACCGGAGCUGGGCAAAGGGACAUGUGGGCUUGGGAGCCAACACCACCACUUGUGCAGGCUCUCCUGCCCAAGGCCUCCAAUUAUAGGGACAGCGUACGUCCCGGGAUCUGCGCUGCUGGGUGUGAGGGCUAGGUGGUUCUGGGAAGGGGUUUCUUUCUCUAAGCAUUAACUUAACACAGGCCAGGUGGUCUUGCAGUGUGAUGAAGGGGUGGAGCAAGAAUGAGGCUGCCCUGUGGCCUCAAGGAUACUUGUGGCUUUGGAGUGUCUGACCCCAGCACGGAGACAGUGCCAAUGUGGAGUGAGCAGGGGCCAUCCCAUGGAACAGCAGGGAUUCAAGGAGUGGCAGCAGGUUAAGGAAAAGGAAACACCUUUCCUCAUUUUCUCUUGCAAACUACUCCCUGCUACUGCUCAGGACUGGUAACCGGAAGCAACUUAUUCUUAAGACUUUUCUUUCUUCUCCUCGGAAGCCCGGAGGGCCUGCGAGGACUCAAGGACGGGCCUGCUGAUCCCAGUAGUGGGUGCCCAAGAGAAGGCAGGAGCACCUGCGGCCCAGGCACACUCGCAUCGUUUCACAGAGGUUUCCUGUGCAUUUGCCAAAAGGAUGGGAAUUCUCCCCCCAGUUCCCAGACCAACCUGUGCUAGGGACCAGGGCUCUAGGGGCAAGAAGACAGAACUGAUGGGGGGAGAGAAUGAUCACUAAAUCAGACUGUGCCCUUGAUGACCUUGGCCCUGGUUGGGUGCCAGGAUAUGGGGGAAGCUCUGGGCAUGAUUGAAAAUUCAAUGUUAAAACAACAGGCUGAGGCCCCCAGCAAGGUUGUGCUGUCUUCCUACCUCUUAGGGCCCAGCUGGCUAGACUGUAAGCUCCUGGAGGGCAGGGCAGGGGCUGGUGUGCCUCUAUGUCCCCAAGGCACUGGGUGCACAGUGGGUGCUCAGUGAACAUGGGGGACUAAUGGGCUAGGGGUGUGUGAUUCCACCACAGGAUACUACACCUUGGACAGUCUGGCUUUUGCCUUAACUCCCACCCCAAAGCCCCUGGGAUCACUUUUCGGUAUUUACUCCUCAAAGACAAAUGUUGAGGAGGGUGUGGAGUGAAGGAAGGAGAGUUUCCUCUUACUUUUGCCUAUUCCUGGGAGCAAGUGCCUGCUGGCACUGCCUUCCUGAGCUGCCGGGGUUAAGUAGAGAGUGGGGUGCAGGAAACUCGCAGCCCAAGCCCACCCGUGACUUCCAGGUUCCUCCUUGGAUCUGGGGCUCCACAUCGGGCAUGCACAGGACACGAUCCUUGACCCCAUACAUAAGAACUCUCAGUAUAGGUGUAAACACUGAGAACCAACAAACGGGGACCCUCGCCUCCUUUUAGCCAUGCCUGCCACUCCUUGCUUCUGAGGCUGCCUCUCAGUCCCCAGUUCUGUGACUUGCGAUGACCUGGCUCCCGUCAAGCUACAAUGCAAGUGGUGGCGGUGGCAGGGGGUGGGGGGAGGCUGUGGCUAGGCCAUUGACUCACAGGGUCAGGCGCUCUGGGGAGCCUGAGUCGGAAGGCCCGCCGGCCUUGGCAGGGAGCCAGGAUGUGCCCAGGUGGGUGAGGUUCUGGGCUCGAGGCCAGAAGCCAGAGUUUCUAGCCAGGGAUAUGUAAGAGCUGCCUAGUUCUCCACUGGUGUUCCAAGCUGGGCUUGUAAAAUAAGGAUGCCAAAAACAUCCUCCUCCACAAGCCACCUGCAGGCACGUCCUCCUGGCAGCUCCUCACAUGUCCCCAGAGUCCUGUCUGGUGGUCAAAGGUGAGCGCAGGGCAGUAGGCUUUCUCUGUGUGGGAGGGAGGCUGCUUCAAUCACAGGAACAUUUUAUGACCCUUAACAAGUCCUACACCUUGCCCAGUGGCCAGUUCCUGGGAUGCCUGUUCUGAGAUGGUUCCAUGACUGAAUCUAACUGCCUGUCUGGUUAGCUGGAGAAAAGGCCCCCAGGUCUCUCUCCUGUAAAACUGGUGGGUGAGGCCGGGCACAGUGGCUCACACCUGUAAUCCUAGCACUCUGGGAAGCUGAAGCAGGACGAUUGCUUGAGCC